AUGCCCCAGAAUCGCGUCGCGAAAACUGUAAGUAAAACUAGAGUGCACUUCACCCACUUCACGAAUCUUGACGAGCCGGGGCUGCUUUCGAGUGCGAAGCUGGGCAUGGCGGCGUCGUACGCCGCCGUGGAGGGCCUGGAGUCGGCGGCGCCCGUCGUGGAGCCGCCGGCGUCGCGGUCCAAGAGCGCGGCGGGCCGCUUCUCCGUGCGGCGCGCGGCGCUCGUGACGACGCUGGGCCUCGCCCUCGUGGCGCUGGCCCAGUACAACCAGCACGCCACGGCGACCAUCGCCGCCCUCGAGGACGGCGCGCCGGCGGCGCGGGACGUCGUCGAGGAGAACGAGCUCGCGGACACCAUGGUCUACCUGAGCAGCGCGUCCGUGUCCUACAGCUACUCCUACGCGGACGACGACGGCGACGACGACGGCGACGACGACGGCGACGACGACGCGGACGACGACGCCACGGACGACGACUCCUGGCUCGGGUGCUUCCCGGCCCACGCGACGUUCCUCGUCGACGGGUCGCCGACGCGCGCCGACGCCCUGCGGCCCGGCGACGCCGUCCUCGCCGUCGACGCCGCCGGUUCCGCGGCGUACGCGCCCGUGGAGCUCCGCGCGCACGCGGACGCGGGCGCCGAGGCGACCUUCGUGCGCCUCGAGCUCGCCGGCGGCCGCGCGCUCACGCUCACGCGGGGCCACUACGUGCCCACGGCGAACCGCGGCGUCCUCGAGGCCGGCGCCGUCGCGGCCGGCGACGAGCUGUCGAUCCUCGCCGCCGACGGCGCGACCCUCGCCCGCGACGCCGUCGUCGCCGUCGCCGCCGCGCGCCACGCGGGCCUCUUCGCGCCCCUCACGAAGCACGGCCGGGUCGUCGUCGACGGCGUCGUCGCGUCCGAGUACUCGCGAGGCCUGCUCGGCGGGUCGAGGAAAGCGCCGGACGCGCAGGCGCUCUACGAGACCGUCGCGAGCGUCGCCUUCGCCGUGGUCCCCACGUCCUGGCUCCGGGCGAGCGACGCCGCGGUCGCCAAGGGCGGCUUCGCGGCGCUCGACGUCCGCGCGUUCUUCGCGCGCCUCCUCCUCGGGAACCGCGUCUUAGCCGCGUCCUACGAGGAAAGGCCGCUCCGAGCGGAGUCGGCCGCCGCCGUCUCGUCGUUCACGCGGCUCUACCCCAAGGAGGCGCGCGAGGCCAUCGUCGACAUCGUCGCGGCCUAUGGCAUCCGAUGCAUGCUCAACGAGGUGGCGCUGGAGCAGCUCUCGCUGGGCCAGCUCGGCGAGAUCGCGCGCAAGCCCGUCGGCGAGCUCGGCGCCCGUUCCAUGCUGCGGCCGCGGCCGCGCGGCGCGCCCAAGGCGCCGCGCGACGGGCCCGCGCCGCGGCGCGCGGCGCCCAAGGUCCGCCACGACGUCAUGAAGCAGUGGCCGUUCGUCGACGGCGACGCCGGCGGCGUCGCGGCGGCGCUGAGCGGCUCGUCGGGCAAGGCGCCGUCGCGCUUCGACGACGCGCCGCCGAAGGAGCAGGCGCGGCGCGCGCGCGCGGUCUUCGCGGCGCUCCGCCGCGCGCCGGACCGCCUCGCCGUCGACACCGUCGGCACCGCGCUCGAAGAGGUCGUCGGCCGCCGCUUCCCGCCGCUCGAGGUCGGCGCCGUCGUCGCCGCGUCGGGCCGGAGCAAGCGCGCGGGCAAGUCCGUCAGCGAGGUCGAGUUCCUCCGCAUGGUCCGCGCGGUCUCCCGCGGCGACUACGUCGUGCCCGAAAGGGGCUGGGACGACGAGUUCCCGCGGCGCCGCCGCGACGCGCCGCCGCCGGAGCCCGCCGUCGACGAGCCCGCCUGGGCCCGGGCCGUCGACGCGUCGACGGUGCCCGCGCCCUGGCCCGCGCGCGAGCCGCCCGCGCGCGAGCCGCCGCGCGAGGCCGCCGCGCCGCCGCCGGCGCCGGUCCAGCCCAUGCGCCAGCGCGCGACGCCCCUCGCCGCGCCGACGGCGUCGAGCGCCGCGCGCCAGCGGCCGCCCGCGGCCUCGGUGACCAAGGCCCAGGACGCGCCGUGGUUCUCCGCGCGCGCGCGCGGCCGCGCGGCGGAGAAGUCCGUCGCCGGCGGCGGCGGCGCCGCGUACUCCGGCGGCGCGCUCGGCGACCGCCGCGUGCCCAAGUACCUCGCCAAGGCCACGUCCAAGGUCAAGCCCGCGCUCGACGCGCACCGGCGCCGCCUCCGCACGGACAAGGCCGCCGCCGCCGCCAUGGCCGCGCAGACCGACGAGGUCCGCCACGACGCGCUCCGCGCGCUCGAGGCCCGCGCGCCCGCCGCGGCGCCGGCGCCGUCCGCCGUCGACAUCGCCGACGCCUUCCUCGACGGCGACGCCGUCGGCGACUGGGACGCGCUCCGCCGCGACCUCGCGCGGCCCGCGCCGCCGGAGCCGCGGCCCGCGGACGACUUCGGCGUCCCGCUCAGCGACGACGAGCUCUACGACGACGACGACGACUACGGCGACGGCGACGUCCGGCCCUACGACGUGCUCCGGAACCGCGACGACGACCGCGAGCGCGCGACGGCGUGGCUCGGCGACUACGGCCCGCUCCACGCGCGCACGCUCCGGCCCUCCGGUGACGUCGCCGACGACUCGCCGGACGACGACGGCCCCCGCGUCGGCUGGUCCUCGCCGGGCGCGCGGUCCUGGGCGGCCAACGCGGACGCGCUCGUCUCCGAGUCCGUCGACGAGCCGCUCGCGGCGCCGCGCACGGACGACGCGCUCGGCCCGGACGACCCCGAGGACCUCUUCAGCCCCGGCCGCGACGACGACGACGACGAGCUCGCGCCGCGGCGCCGCCGACCCGACGACGACGAGCUCGAGGGCGAGUGA